CACGGAUGUUGAUGUGUGAUCAUUUAAAGCCGUCGGAUCCAUACAACCAAAUUGUUGAGUCACAUUUACGCGAGACUGGAUUUUAUUAUGUUUCACAAAUUGGAAUUAUCCAAUGUCAGUCAGCAAUGAGUAAUGCUCUGAUUGAGAGAUGGCGGCCUGAGACUCACACAUUUCAUUUUCCGGUUGGUGAGUGUGCCGUGACCUUGGAGGAUGUGGCGAUAAUUUUCGGUCUGCCGACAAAUGGUCUUCUGGUUACAGGACCGACCAUGAGUAGUUUUGAGGCAUUGGAAGCCGAGUGCUUGCACCAAUUUGGAGUGGCACCGAGGAAGACGGACUGUAGAGGGAGCUUUAUAAAAUUAACAUGGUUUAGGGGUUUGAAAGAUCGUAUAGUGUUGAAUGAUGAUGUGCACAUUCAGAUGUAUGUAAAGUGUCACAUAAUGUUGUUAUUUGGGACAAUUCUGUUUGGAGAUAAGUCAGGUGCAGCUGUGCAUUGGAAAUUUUUACCUUUGCUCCGUAACUUUGGUCAGAUCAUACAGUUUAGUUGGGGUUCGGCAUGCCUGGCAUACUUGUAUAGAUCAUUGUGUAAGGCAACUCGUGUCGACUGCAAGGAGAUGGAUGGUCCACUGACACUGUUGCUCACUUGGGCUUGGAUCCGGCUACCAUUUCUAGCGCCGAUUCCCGGCAAUCCCCGAGUGUUUCCAAUUGUAAACAGGUGGCGUAACUGGGACCGUGAAAACUAUGCCUACCGAUAUAAAACGCUUGCGCACUACAGGAGGUUUUGGAUGAUCUACAAGAAGGACAUGUAUUUUGCUUAUGGCAUUGGAAACAUCGACCCAGACGUGAUUCCUUUAGACAUCCGUCAUAAUUCGGUUAUCUGGAGUGCCACAAUGCCACUUAUAUCUUUUGAAUGCAUCGAGUGUCAUACAUCUGAUAGAGUCAGGAGGCAAUUUGGAUUGAGACAGGGUGUUCCUAAUCAAGAGCAGGAUCUAGGUGCAUCACACGGUGAAAAUCUAACUGGGCCUAAGAAUCAAGAUUGGGCCAAUACCCACUAUUUUUGGGUGAUGCAGUGGACCAAUCGGUAUAGUCACACUCUCUCUGAUGACUUGGUGCAUUUACAUUAUCCAUUGGAAAUUUACAUGCAUUGGUACCGAGAAGCAUUUGGUGACCACUUGCAAUUGUCGAACCUUGUAUUCGAAGAGAAUCCAGAAGGUCCUCCACCACCAUCACCACCGGCACCGGAACCGGAAUCGGUACCUCCACCACCACCGCCACCGGAACCGCCACAACAGGGGUUGAGUAUUUUGCACCAUAUGUUCCUGACACGCAUCCGUCUGAUUAUUUUUCAGCGUCAGUCCCGGUACAUCAUGUAA